AUGAGGCUUAUGCGCUAUAAUUACAAAGUGGUUUAUGUUCCGGGCAAACAAUUAAUUCUAGCGGACUCGUUAUCAAGAAAUCCGGUGGAUUCAAUGACCGAGAAUCGUGACUUAUCCGAACAACUUGACCAAUAUGUAAAUUUGAUUAUACAAGCCUUACCAGCUUCGAAAGGCAUGCUCGAAAGAAUAAGCGAUGAACAAGAGUCCGACCACGUUUGUAUUCUAUUAACGAAAUACUGUCUUAACUCGUGGCCGCCUAAGAAUCAGCUCACAAAUGACUUAUUGCCGUACUAUCAGUUGAAAGAUAAUAUAUCAUAUAUCAAAGGAUUUUUACUUUAUAAUGCCAGAUUGAUAAUUCCCCACCACUUCAAUCAGAGAUUUUGGCCAAGCUCCACGAAGACCAUUUCGGUAUUAGUAAAACUCGCGACCGAGCGAAACAAUCGAUUAAUCGAAAUCGUUCCUCUGAACUCAUUAACAGGGGUAGAAAUUAUCGCACAAUGUAAAGAAAUCUUUGCCAGACACGGUAUCCCAGAAACAAUCAGAAGUGAUUGUGCAUCACAAUUAUCUACAGAAUUCGAACAAUUUGCAAAAGAUUUUUAUUUUCAGCUCAAAACCAGUUCACCGAAAUAUUCGAAAAGCAACGGCCAGGCAAAAUCAGCUGAAAAAAUCGCGAAAGACAUAAUAAAAAAAUGCGAAGAUAUUAGCUUAGGAUUACUAGCUUAUCGUACUACACCUCUUGAAAACAGUUAUUCUCCAGCCGAACUAACGAAAUUGCCAGAAUAUAGAGACAGAUUCUAUGUAGAUGUCAGCAGAGAGUUGAACAACAAAUGUUCAGCUGAUAACGGUUAUGCCCGAAUCAGUCAUAAUCGUAACGGAUUGCGUACAGAAGUAUUCCAAGAAUUGUCAAUUUCAGACGCUCAAGUAGAAAGUAGAACAAAAAGUUCAAACUCAAGUUUGGUUAAGGAUAGUGUCUCCCAUAGUAGCUUUUAUCACAAUUAUGAGCCAGCAGAAUCUUCUCACGAUGAAAAAUCUGCGUUUCCCACUCCACCAGCAAAUGAUAAAGGGAAAUUUAAUUUUUGCAUACCUACGAAAUGA